GGACGUAAUGUUUACCAAAUCCAAACCAGCAGCAUUUAAUGAGUGAAAGCCUACUGUUACUUUUCCUUGCCAACCCAUAACCAUAGGCAUCCUCGGCAUUAAAUUCUUUGCUACAAAUUGUGUCUUAUUUCUUUUUAUUUUCUCCCCAAAACAGAUCAGAUUCAUCCAGCACCGUUCCAACUUUCACCAACAAGAACAGUUCAACAUGCUCUUGUUUGCCGCUUUCCUCGUAUUCAAUCUCGUUCCAACCUCUUCUAUUCGAUUUGUUUCCAUUAGUUUACCGCAUUAAAGAAUCUAAGAGCCAGUUAAUAUUUGAAGCUGUCAACGAGUUCAUACCAGCUGGUGCCUGCAAGAUUUGUGCGCAAUACUUGUCUGUUAAUCUCUUUUGCAUCAAAACCCUUUCAGAACUCCGACAGGAUAGCUCAGAUUUGCUAUCUUCUCUGGGAUCACACAUCUGAUCCAGAAGGUGCCAACUUUUCUCUCCCUUAUUCCGUUUAUUUGAAGGGGUAAUUUCUUUUGUGUUAGUGAGUUCCUAUAUUUUUCCUGUCUUAGAACCCCAGCUUUCGUUUCCAACCUAAAAGACAAUCUCUUUCUGUUCUACAAUAAAUCUCCAGUCUUUAUGAUGUUGGGUUUUUUAAAACCUGUGUUGUUAAUGUGGGUUUCAUUAAAUCUGUGCUUGGUAAGCUUUUCUAGUGGAUUUAAUCCUGUAGACAGUUACCUUAUAGACUGUGGAUCAUCCACCAAUACUUCAGUAGGUGACCGUGUAUUCAUUGCCGAUAACUUGGCUUCAAACUUGCUCUCAACCCCUAAAGAUAUUCUUGCCAAAACCACUUUGAAAUCAAUCACUUCCUCUGAAGAUUCACAGCUGUAUCAGACAGCAAGAGUCUUCACCGGGUCCUCAACAUACACGUUCUCAAUCCGUCAAAGUGGGAGACACUGGAUCCGCCUCUAUUUCUACCCAUUCAUAUAUACUGGUUACAAUAUGAGUGCUGCAAAAUUUUCUGUUUCUACUCAAAACCAUGUCCUUCUUAGCGAUUUCGGUGUGGAAAGCACUUCUAUUUUGAAAGAAUUUUCCUUAAAUGUGACAUCAAACAACAUUGAAAUCACCUUUACCCCAUCGAGCAAUUCAAUCGCUUUCUUAAAUGCUAUAGAAGUGGUUUCAGUCCCUGAUGGGCUGAUCACCGACGAUGCCAGCACUGUGAGUCCAGCAGCACAGUUCCAAGGGUUGUUGCCUUUUGCACUUGAGACGGUUUGGAGAGUGAACAUGGGUGGGCCAAAAGUCAUAUUUGAUAAUGAUACACUUUGGCGAACUUGGAUUCCAGAUCAAAGUUUUUUGGUACAGGAGAACUUGGCCAAAAAUCUCUCAAAGAUAGGAGCUGUUAAGUACGUUACGGGCGGGGCAACACAGGAUAUAGCUCCAAACACUGUCUAUGGUACUGCCACAGUUAUGAACUCAUUGGACGAUCCCAGCAGCAAUUUUAAUGUGUCCUGGGAGUUCAACGUGGAUCCGGGCUUUCAGUACCUUGUUCGGUUUCACUUUUGUGAUAUUUUGAGUAAAGCUCUUAACGAACUCUACUUCAAUGUUUACAUUGACUCAUGGAUUGUUGUUAAAGAUCUUGAUCUGAGUACUUAUUUGGUAAACACCUUGGCUGCUGCAUAUUAUAUGGAUUUUGUCACGGUUUCAGCUGUUAGCAAUAAACUCCGUGUAAGUAUUGGUCCAUCUACUCUAGAUGGUACUUACCCCAACGCCAUCCUAAAUGGGCUGGAGAUAAUGAAAAUGAACAAUUCAAUGGGCAGUCUGAGUGCAGCAGACUCUGUGAUUAUUUCUUCAGAUUCAAGUUCAAAAAAAAAUGUGGGUGUCAUAGUGGGUAUAAGCAUUGGAGCCUUCAUUGCAGUGAUAUUAGGUGUAGUCUUCUUUAUGUUACACAGAAAAAGAAGACGACUGGCACGUCAAAGAGAAUCGAAGACGUGGACUCCGUUUUCCAUCAAUGAAGGAAAUUCCCAAUCCAUGGGCAGUAAAUAUUCUAAUGGAACAACUGCUAGUGCCAUUUUUAACUAUGGCUAUCGCAUUCCUUUUGCAGCAGUUCAAGAGGCUGCAAACAACUUCGAUGAGAGUUGGGUUAUUGGGAUUGGUGGUUUCGGGAAAGUUUACAAGGGAGUCUUAAGUGAUGGUACAAAAGUGGCAGUUAAGAGAGGAAAUCCUCGGUCCCAACAGGGACUAGCAGAGUUUCAAACUGAAAUCGAGAUGCUAUCUCAGUUCCGCCAUCGCCAUCUUGUUUCGUUGAUAGGGUACUGUGAUGAAAAGAAUGAGAUGAUUCUCGUUUAUGAAUAUAUGGAGAAUGGAACCCUCAAGAGUCAUCUUUAUGGCUCAGGUCUUCCCAAUUUGAGUUGGAAGCAGAGGCUUGAGAUAUGCAUUGGAGCAGCCAGGGGACUCCAUUACCUUCAUACAGGAUAUGCAAAAGCAGUUAUUCACCGUGACGUAAAGUCUGCUAAUAUCUUGCUUGAUGAGAAUCUGAUGGCCAAAGUUGCUGAUUUUGGGCUCUCAAAGACGGGGCCUGAAAUUGACCAGACCCAUGUCAGUACAGCGGUGAAAGGAAGUUUUGGAUAUCUUGAUCCAGAAUAUUUCAGAAGGCAACAACUGACGGAGAAAUCAGAUAUAUACUCGUUUGGUGUGGUUUUGUUUGAAGUUCUUUGUGCCAGGCCUGUUAUCGAUCCAUCACUUCCAAGAGAAAUGGUCAACUUAGCUGAAUGGGCAAUGAAAUGGCAAAAGAGAGGGCAGUUGGAACAGAUAAUAGAUUCUACUCUUGCAGGAAAAAUCAGACCAGAUUCUCUAAGGAAGUUUGGAGAGACUGCUGAGAAAUGUUUGGCUGACUAUGGUGUUGACAGGCCCUCUAUGGGAGAUGUCUUAUGGAAUCUCGAAUACGCUCUUCAACUUCAAGAGGCAGUUACUGAUGGUGAUCCCGAAGAAAACAGUACCAAUAUGAUUGGUGAACUGUCUCCGCAAGUGAACUACUUUGGUGAUAGCAGUACUAAUGUUUCUGCUACUCAGUUUGGAGGGUCACCCGUGGAUGAUCUUUCAGGUGUUUCCAUGAGUAGGGUGUUCUCACAGCUGGUCAAGUCUGAGGGUAGGUAACUGAUUUGAGAUUGUACUCUGUUUCUGCCACGUUCCAUUAAAUUGGUGUUCACUAUAUUAAAGUAGAUAGGCCGUUUUCUUGAUUCUGUUAUCCAUAAAAUGAGACCCAGCAUCUCAUUGCAUAUGUGCCUUGUUUGAUUGAUAACCAGAAAAUCCAAAGAGAAACUCUGCUUCUAUUUUGUAGUGCAGAAAAUCUUUGUAGAGCUUUCCUUUGUGGAGUUCUGCAAACAAACUGCACAAAGUAUCAUGAGUUCUACUUUGUACAGAAGACGUGGUAGUUCAAUUGAGUUUUAGUUUUAUCAGUUCACAAGGAUUUUGGAUCUUAAAAUUGUCGAGAAGUGUACGCAUUUCUGAGUGUUUUAGAUUUACACAUCAUGUAUGAAAUAACUACUCCCGUUGAUUUUGUUUUGAGUGAUUCUUAAUAUGAUCCUACUUUUUAGUGCUGUCA